ACGCGAGGGUAGUACGGUCGAGUACGGUAAGCAUGUUGCCACCGGUGGCAGCGAUGAGGUGGUAUCGAAUCGGUCCAUGGGAAAGUCAAUUGCAUUCGAUUCGAUGAAUGGCUUUGUAGGGUGAAACCUCAUGCGAUGGUGGAUAACCAGCACUUGACCACUGUCAGUCAGUUAGUUACUCUGUAGUCUAUUAGUGGUCGUACUCGAAUGUACGCAGGUGACCCCGGCGCCACCUCAUCCAGCCACCCACCAGCGAAAAUGCCCCAAUGUUGCGAAGGAAAAGCCGCGGCGCUACGCCGGGAAGCCUCAGGCGCGAAAUCUCUUCGCCUCCGCUUUUUACCCUUACGAGGAAAAACCAAGUCUCGCCCUUCUCCAUCAACAACUCGCCUUGGUCGCUGUCCCCGCAAUCUGGCCCUCCCCCAUUUAAAGCCUCGCGUCAUUCCCGGUUGCUCUGGAUGUGGCUAUCUUUCUAAACCCCUUUCGCCUGGACAGUCCCUCUGUUGUCUUUUUUGCAUUAUCUAGCCAUGGGUAUUCCAUUGUUCUGCGAGGCUUCCUCGACCGAUGCUUCCAAGAACAAUCCCGCCAAAGACUCAUGUGCCGUUGCACGCUCCGCAA